CGAUUCAUUAAUGUUUAAAUUGGAUGAGUGAUGUUAAAUUGUGGAAUUUGAGAAGGGUGGUGCUAGUGCAGGAUCAUUAAAAUGUAUCAGAUUGUAUAAGGAGGCUGUAAGAACACAUUGCUUCUUAUUUUACAACUGUUAGCCGUUCCUUUAAAUGAUAUUGUGUUAUUUCUGAACAUACUCCAUCCUUCAUCUGUCUCAUACUUCCCACACAAAAUCUUCUCUUCUAUAAUGCUGUACAUUUGAGGCAAAGUUUAAAACAUCGAAUUUUAAAUUCAUUAUGGUUAACAGAAGGAUUUAAAUUUCUCGACGUGUCAUUUCUUAACCUAAUGAUUAAUUGGAUUUGAUAAUCGUGGAUAAACAGUUAUCACACAUUCGUCGUACAAACUUUAGUGAGUAAAGUUGAUUGAUUUAUCAUAUACCUUAGUUCAAAUCUCUUUCGUUCUAUAGUGAUCCGUAAAUCGUUUUCUAGGCUGGAAAUAAAAUGGUCACCCUGAGGCUGCUGCCAUUGAUAGUCAUGAUAACAACAGUGUUCUGCCACGACCCCAACAUAGCUCUAAGAUUUGGAGAUGAUCUGACGAGUUACAUCAUGCUAAGUCCCAACAUGGCACCAUUGGAGGAAAGCUUAUCUCUCUGCUCGUGGGUUAAACAACUUAGUCCAGAGAGUCGCACAGGAUGUAUACUUCACUAUAGAACCAUAAACCGUGACGAGAUAACCCUUUCUGAUAACUUGGUCUGGGCCUAUCUAUUAACAAUGGCUCCUCACAAUGUGACUCCAGUCCACUCCCAAUGGUACCACGUGUGCCUGACCUGGACCUUUAGUAGCAGGACUAAAUCACUCUACUAUAACGGACAGAAGGUUGGAACAAGAACAACAUCGUCAGGAAGAAAGUUUGACAUAAAUAAAAGAGCUAUUGUAAUUGGACAGCAUCAUCAUAGAUCCCCGUUUGAUACAGAUUUCUACUCAGGAAAAUCGUUCGCAGGGGAACUAGCAAAGUUGAACAUUUUCAAACGCAGAUUAUCUGACGAGGAAGUAGCUGGUAUGUACAGCUCUGGUAUCUGCUCCAGCUACGAGGAAUCUCUAGCUGAAGAUAACUUUCUGUCAUGGACCACGCUACUGGGUGACGAAACAGAGAGGCACGGCAACGUUGUUAAGUUCAACUUGACAUGCUCUGCCCACACUCACGAAGUUACCAGGACGACCACAGCACCGCCCCCUACUUCACAACCUACUGCAGAGGCUGUGGAGACAUGCAACAACCGAUGGGGACUCCUUCAAUUGUCCGACUAUUACAACAAGGAAGUAACAACGGAGCUGCUGGAGGACCUACGAGACCGUUGGGAACAACUCGCAGAAUUCCGUGGACAUCUCCUAGAUGAUGCUCUGAUAGCCCAUCUGUCAAAACACCACUGCAACACUGACGAGGAGUGAGGUAAAUUGUUCUGGAGCAGAGAAAUGGACUUCUUGGUUUUACUGGAAGAAAUAUGACUGGAUACGCUACUUAAUUAAUACAUGAUACAUUACGGUUUAAUUUCUACUUUUUCUUGAAAAAUAUUAAAUAGUUUUUUAACCCUAAUAAUAGCGAUUAGAUAUGAGAUUUUAAUUUUAAGUUCCCAUAGUUAUAACUUUAUGACGAAUGUUCAAUUUUAACUCAUUUGGACUUUCGGUAAAUUUUGUUACUUUAAAUAUUAUAGUAAAUAGUUAUUUUCCCUAUUUU